AUGAACAUAUUUUAUCACAUUUCAUUUUUUCUUGAAAUAUUACUUUUUUUUACUAAUUAUGUUUAUUCUAAUUAUAAUAUCAAAACGAAUAAACUAAUUUUUGAGGAUAAAACAGAGCAAUGUAAAAAGUCUAUUUAUUUAUAUGGUGAAAAAGAAUCAUUCAUUAUAGCAAGUAAAGAUAAUGUAUAUUUAGAAAUUCAAGAUAAUAAAACAAUUAUAAACAGUUUAAAUAUUUAUGGAAAAUUACAUACAAAUGAUUUUUUAUUUUUUGAAAAUAAACAAUGGAAAUUAUUCCACUUAAAUACUUUUGAUGUAAAUGAUAAUUCAUGGAUUCCCUCGGAAAUAAGCACAUGUCGUAAUUCUCCUGAUUCAUUUCUUGGUGGACCAUGCAAAUUUGGAGCUACUGAAGCUUAUACUAAAAUUAAUAACUUGCCAUAUCAUAAAAAAUUAAAUAUAAAAUUAAGAGUUCAUUUUUUUGAUAAAUGGGAUAAUGAUUCAUUAUUCUUACAAGUUGAUAAUAAAACAAUGUGGACACAAUCUCAUGAAUUAUGCCCUGAAGGAAAUUGCCUUUUAGGAAUAGAUGUUUGCGGACAAAAUCAUCCAGAUCGUUUAUCAGUUCCAAUAGAUAUACAAUUUCAACAUUCCUCAGAUACAUUAAAUAUAUUGAUAGGAAGCACUUUAAAAAAGACAACUGACCCUUGUUUAACAUCAUGGGGUGUAGAUGAUUUUAUGAUCUACUAUAAAUAA